AUUCGUCUCCAUUUCUUUUCAAAUCCUUCUCCUAAUUCUCAUAGGAUUCCAAAAUAAGAGAAUGGUAAAACAACAAGAUUGGUCCGUGACUACUUGUGUUUUGCUAUUCUUGUUUUUGGCAUCACAAAUCCAUUGUAGGAGCGGAAUACAUGUUUCAAAACGUUUGGAGGGGUCAAAGCAAGGAGAUGGUAAGUCAGGUGAUACGAGCUUCAAUGUGCUUCGUCGCGUGCUUUCGCCAAAGGAGAAAGAUCUAAUCAAGAAGCUCCCCGGACAACCUUCCGGCGUUAGUUUUAGACAGUAUGGCGGUUAUGUGCCCGUAAACGAACCAUCCAGUCGGUUUUUGUACUAUUAUUUUGUGGAAGCCAUCAAACCCAAUACAUCUACUCCUCUGGUCAUCUGGUUCAACGGAGGACCGGCCUGCUCAUCUCUAGGUGGGGCAUUUCUAGAGCUUGGUCCCUUCCGCGUACAUAGCGGCGGCAGAAAACUUUUCCGCAAUCCUUAUUCAUGGAACAACGAGGCGAACGUGUUGUUCUUAGAAUCGCCUGUAACGACAGGUUUCUCGUACUCGAGUAAUCCAAUUGAUUUGGAGGAAUUGGGGGAGAAAGGGGACAAGGCAACAGCAGAGGAUAACUACAUUUUCUUGAUGAAUUGGCUAGAAAGGUUUCCCGAAUAUAAAGGAAGAGACAUUUACAUCGCCGGUCAGAGUUACGCUGGCCACUAUGUUCCCCAACUUGCUCAGAUCAUCAUUCACCGUAACAAGAAAACCUUAGUCAACCUACGAGGAAUUUUGAUCGGUAAUCCAUCACUUCUCACAUCGAUCCAGGAUCCAUACGGCUACGAAUUUAUGUUAAGUCAUGGUUUGAUGUCCCAACAACAAAUGGACAAUUAUAAUCAAUUCUGCCUAAGAGAUGACUUAUAUGAUAAUGACAAGUGCGCACUUUCGGUAAAAACAAUCGAUGAUGCAAAAAAGCACUUGGACACUUACAACAUAUACGCUCCUGUGUGUCUAAACUCCACGUUGAGCAGGAUAUCCAAGAAAUGCACCACAGUUUUGGAGGUUGAUCCGUGCAGUAAGGACUACUUGAAGGCUUAUCUUAACAGAAAAAAGGUUCAAAAAGCGAUACAUGCCAACACCACCAAAUUACCGUAUGAGUGGACCUCUUGCAAUAACGAACUGACUGAGAAUUGGAGCGAAAAUGAUAGAGACACCCCGAUGAUACCUAUCCUCCACGAGCUGAUGGGCGAGGGUGUCCGAGUCAUGAUCUACAAUGGAGACGUGGACCUGGAGAUUCCAUUUGCAUCUACAUUAGCCGUGGUGAAGGAGAUGAAUCUAACGGUUGUAAAGGAAUUUCGUCCCUGGUUUACGGGAGGACAGCUGGGAGGGUUCACAGAGGAUUACAAAGGGAACUUAACCUUUGUAACUGUGAAAGGAGCAGGUCAUAGUGUUCCUACGGACCAACCUAUACAUGCUCUUAAUAUCUUUACCAGCUUUAUCCGUAACACUCCACUCCCUCACACAGCCUGAUUUCUAACUUGUACCACCUCGAUUGACUGAACAAUAUACGUUGGUCUAUAAACUUAAUAAGACACUUUGGUCCAGUUAUUGAAUGAUCUAAAGAUGGUUAUGAUAUGUUUUGUAUAUGUAUAUAAACCAAUUUACAAUGUUGUUUACGUCGUACGUCUAAAUAAUCAAUGAUUAAGUUCUAAAUGGACAUACAUAUGCGUGUGUGAUACAACACAACAAAUUAUAAUGAAGUUUGUUAAGCAA